CUCUCCCCCAUGGAUGCAAAAUGCUCCCAGCUUUUGCCUUCCGUUUGCGCCGUUCUGGCCGACCCCUGGCAUCCCGUGGCGGACGACACUUGUCUGGAAAAGCUGCUGGACUGGUUCAAGGCUCUGGCCAGCGCUGGGCCUAGUUUGCUGGUGUUAAAAGAGAACCCGUGUCUGAUCGAGUUCAUCCUUGCGGUGCUCAGACAAGGGGAACCAAACCCCGUUCUUCUGGCAUUUGUCCUGAGGCUCACGGGGAUCCUUGCGGCUUCUGAAAGCAGCUUCCAGCGUUUGCAGCAACAGGAGGUGGUGUUUGGAGCCUUUGGAGAAGCAGGACCCCUGGGCAGCCCACUCUGGGAAAACAUGACCAUUCGGAGCGGCUGGGUGCAAGGAGCCUUCGUCAUGCUGCAACAUUACAGCGCCUUCCAGUUCCUCUGCAACUCUGGAGCUCUGGAUGUGAUCUUCACUCUUCAAGGAGACCCCAGCCUCUUCAUCGCUGCGGGAGCCAACCGGCUCCUGGCCCGCCUGCUCAUUUUCUCCGUAGAGUCCGAACCGUCUCGUCUUCUCAGUCCAAAGGACAGCGAUUGGCCGGCCUGCGCCCGGAUGAUGGUCGCCCGCGUUGAGGAGGCUCUCAAGUCCCGCUCUCCGUCCCGGAUCAAGCAUUCCCUGAAGCUGUUAAUGACCUUAUUUGAACACAACCAGGAUGCCUGGACCGAAAUCUUGUGGUCACGCGUAGCAGAAAGGGUUGAAGCGCUCCUCGUGGAAGAGCCAGUCCAAGCAGGACCCUUGCUGGCUGAUUUAUUCCUUAGCGUGGCGAGGUCUCCUGCAUUUAGCUGUCACGAAUGCAGCCUUUGGAAGCUGGUGGCCCUUGCCCUGAAGAAUAUCGGCCUGGCUCAGGUCGGCUCUUUGGCACAUGGACUUUUGAAGCUUGAGGCAUGCCCACAGGCCAUCCAAGCCCAGAGCUUGGCUGUUUUGCUCCGGCCUAUGGACUACAUCUUGCGAGCUACUUCUCCUCACUUAGGUUUCCCAAGAUUGCUGGACGAGGCCCUUGCAGAUGCUUCCUCUGUGGAAUCUCUCCUCUCUACCAGUCUCCUAUGUCAGACGAUGGCUCAUCUUCAGGACGUCCAAGAGCUGGUGUGCUUGGCAGUGGAGUUUCCCCAUAAGCCUUUGUUAUGCUCCGUGGUGACCCUACUACAGCUUUGCGCUGGCCAGGCUGUGCCGUCCUCCUCCUGUGGAGCUACACUAGGCAACAUCUUGAUUGGCAGCUUCCGUGUUCAGAGGGCGGCCCUUAGCCUCCUGGGAGCGCUCUCCCGAUGGGCUGCGUCAGUUCACGAUGAAGAAAGGCUGCGAGCGUUUGGCGUUCUCCUGACAUACUUACGGAGUCCAGAGAGCAACCCUGUGAUUUUGAAGAAAGCCCUCCAAGGAACUUUGAAGUGGCUUCUGGGCGCCUUGGAACCAUCCAUCUCCCUCGCUGACCUCCAGCAGCACCGACAGUUUCUCAGAGAUACGGUCCAGGUGUUACGAAAACAUCUGUGCAGUCCGAGCUGGGAAGUCCGUGAUUCAUCCCUGGAGUUCCUCAGCCUGGCCAUGAAGCAUUUGAGAGGGCUAGACUGGUUUUGCCAAGAGCUGCUCUCUUCAGGGGUGCCCCUGCUUCUGGAAGAUCUUCUGGACGACCCCGAAAGUUACGUCCGAGCCAGCGCCGUGAAGACCUGGGGCCGCUUCUCCCUCCUGGCCCGCUCUGGCCCAGAAGCACCUGUCCUCAAGAGCACUGAGAGUGCCAAAGAGGUCUGCGUCGGCAGCGCUCGCUUGCUGGACAUCUUGUCUUCGGACUCCGAGGGCUUCCCUCGCCGAGCGGUCAUCGGGGUCUUCCUGGACUGGCUGAAGGAAGGACACCCCGAGGCCUCGGCAGCCCCCGCUGACCUUGUUUCUCGAGCUCUUCAAGCCGUGGAUGGAGACCUAGACUGGGAAGUCAGAAUGAACGCUCUGGAGCUGGUGGGCCUUUUCAUCGCCCAGAUGUUUGAGCCGCUGGGGCUCGGGGAGAGCUCGACUUCGGCUGCUUCUUUCCUUGCCAAGCCGCCCGCGUCUCUCCCCGACGUCCUGCGGCUCUUCGGCCAGAUGGGAAUGUUCGGCUUCCUUUUCAGAGCCCUUCAGGAUUGCGACAGGCCGGUGGCGCUCAAGGCCUGCCAAGUCCUUUUGGAUCUGAAAUCCAGCCUUUGCAGACACCGGUCGAAACGGUCCCCCUCGGGAGACCCCGCUGGGCUAAAGGAAGUUCCUGCAGAGACGCCCCCUUCUCUUUUGAGCCUGACUGUGGGGGAGGCUGCCGAAAAGGGUGGCCAGGAUCCAGAAAGGCUGCGUCUGAUCCUAGAAUCUAUGGACCUGGAGGGUUUGCGAAGGACUCUGGAUGUGAGCAGCGAUUAUCUGGAGAGGAGCCCAGAGUCUCUCCUGCAGGACAUCCUGUCUGCUGCCAGGAAUACAGAGGAGAACAAAGUAGACUGCUAUUGAAGUGACAGGCUGGAGCUCGCCGGCCAGUUUGGGAAAGGGGCUACUUUCAGAACUGAAUGACUGCAAGCACACUCCUUGUCCAGCUACCUCCAGAAAGUGGGCCUGGUGGAGAGUGAAUUAAGAUUAAAAAAAACCCGUACAGGAAGAAUAAACACCAAAGAAGAGCUAAUGGACACUUGCACCAAAAGGCAAAACUCACACAAGCUUAGGGUGAAUUGAAUGCAAGGGAU